AUGUCUACUCAACAUAUCUGGUCAACAAACAGUCACCACCAACCAGAUUACGGACAUGAUUCAGGCAAAAAUUCUACCACCAAUACCAUCAACCCGUCGGUUGGCAACCCCUACCUAAUCGGUAUACAAUCAAGAUUUCGUCGGCGUUACUAUCAUAAAUCAAUAGUGUUUCUGCUGCUUCUCAUCAUCCUCAUCCUGACGAUCGCUAUUAUAGUAACGGCAUGUUUGCUUCACUUUCCGUCCGACGUCUGCCAUACCGCGGAAUGUCUUCGGUCCGCGGCGGCACUAAAGCACAGCAUGGAUGUUACAGUGAACCCUUGCGAAGAUUUUUACCAGUACGCCUGCGGUAACUGGGAAGAGGAACAUCCCCGGCCGGACACUUACAUCAGUUUCGACUGGUUCAGCGAACGGCAAACGAAAAUCUUGCGAAACAUUCGGCAGUAUCUUCAAGCCAACGAUAGCGACUUGGAUCCAAAACCCGUCAUCCAAGCGCGAGCCAUGUACAGAGGCUGCAUGAACUUAACUGCCAUGGACCAUCUCGGAUAUGGGCCUAUUUAUAAGAACCUUAAAAAAUUGUAUCUACCACCAUACCCGUCUAUUCUGAAUGUAACGAAUACGACGAAGUCUUCCGACUUCGAAGGAUACGGCUUUGACUGGAUUCGAUCGUUGGCCAAAAUCAAACAACUGCUUGGUAUGGAUAUAUUCAUAGGAUUUGACGUAUAUCCUGAUCCACAGCGUAGGGACUACAACAGGUUGGUCUUGGGCACACCAGAGAGCGGUUCGGACUUGCCAUUCAACCACGACAUACUGAAACACAUCAGGCCUGGAAGAACUAGACGGAAACUCACAGUAAGCGCUAACAGUGGUAAACAAACGAAUGGCGAGGCGGCCAACGAAGUUGAGGAAGACGUCGACGAUGCUGAAAAGGAUACAGCAUCACUCAAAGCAUACAGAAAGUUUAUGGUUGGCGUCAUGAAACUGUUGGUCAAUCACUCCGAUCCGAACAUUGCGGUGGAAUCAUUUAACGAGGAUUUCGAUUUGGCUGCAACGAUAGUCAUUGAGUUUUCGGAAUCUAUUUUGAAAUUCACUCAAGAAGCCGAGAAUGUCUCUAAAAGUACAAAUGUAGAAGAUCGUUUGAACUUGCAGGAUAUCGUGUAUUUUACAGCUGCCGAUCUGCAAAACAUCACUGAUACCUAUAUGGCUCCGAAAGCAUCGUUUGUGGUUUGGGAAAAACUAUUGAAUAACGUUUUUGAGGGUAUCCCCGAGGCUCAGUUGAACUUAAAAGACGAAUUGAUCCUUACCAGCAACGCCGAUGUGUUGUAUCUAAAACUACUGGUGGAUUAUCUCGCCGUUACACCUUUGGCGCACAUCGAACUGUUCAUUUGGUGGAAUGUAGUUGAGGAAUUGAUUUUACAUACCACUAUGGAAGUAAGGCGGUUACACUACGAAUACUAUAAAACUAUCGCCACCAGUGAGGGGUUCAGCUCGCGAACAUUGUAUUGCACCGGCACUGUUAACAGAUUGCUUGGAAUGGCCGUAAGCUAUGCGAUAUCUAAUGAGAACUUUACUCGCCAUACUAAACCGAAGGUACAAGAAAUGCUCGAUUACAUUCGCAUAGCGUUUGAGGGAUUGGUGCGGGAUACAACCUGGAUGGACUGGCCUACCAAGCAUUCUACACUGCAGAAAUCCGAAGCAAUGCGUAGUUUAAUCGGCUUUCCGGACUGGAUUUUGGAUAAAACCCGAUUAGAACAACACUACGAGGGGCUGGCCAUUAACGAAAGCACGCAUCUAGAGAACAUGUUGGAAGAAAUUCAACGCAAAAAUGUCAUCAAACUCCGCCGCUGGCGUCGCAAACAUGAGCUUAGCUGGGAAACUCUUCCCACAAAUGUGAACGCAUUUCACACAUUCCAGGAAAACGCUAUCACGAUCCCGAUUGCCAUUCUACAAUAUCCCUUCUACCAUCUCGGAUUGGAGGCUUUAAAUUACGGUGCGCUUGGAACAAUUCUUGGGCACGAGCUAACGCAUGGAUUUGAUGACAGUGGACGACAGUUUGAUAAAAAUGGUAACCUAAAACAGUGGUGGACUAACCAAACCAUUCAAGAGUACGUGAACCGUACGAUGUGUUUCGUGAAUCAGUACAAUCGAUAUUAUAUACCGGAAGCUGACGACUAUAUCGACGGCCUAUUGACGCUAGGAGAAAAUAUUGCUGACAACGGCGGUUUACGAGAGGCGUUCCGAGCAUAUCAAUUAUACCACAAAACAGCAGGAAAGGAAGCAACUCUACCGGGUUUCGAAGAGUUUACACAUGAACAAUUGUUUUUCAUAUCUUUCGGAAACAUAUGGUGCGAAUCACACACUGAAGCUGCGGCCAAGGCGUAUCUUGACGACUCACAUUGCCCUGGUAAAUUUCGGCUGAAAGGAGUACUAACCAAUUCUCCCGAAUUUAGUCAGACUUUCGGCUGUAAAUCGGGCUCUGGAAUGAAUCCCAUACUAGAUAAAUGUAGAAUAUGGUAA